AUGAAUCUAUCUUUGUCCCUGAUCUUUCUGGUCGCCGUGGUCUCAACAGUUUCGGCCACUCAUCUCGUUCUCCCACUCUACGUCUAUCCCACAGAAGGUGCAUGGGACUAUGUUUACAAAGUUGUCCGUGAUAAUCCUGCAGUCACUUUCGAUGUUAUCCUCAACGUCGAAGACGGGCCAGGGAGUCGUGAUCCAGGCUUCAACGACGAGUGGCGUAAUGCUACCUCGAUUCUCAAGUCCUACAACAACGUCCAAACCUGGGGUUAUGUGCACGCCGCGUACAAUUCUUCAUAUCUGGGGGAGAUGGCGGUUAAUAUCAGCUACUGGGCUCGCUGGCACCUGUAUGACAAGGCAAUUGCCCUUGAUGGAAUAUUCAUCGACGAGGUCCCUAACGACCAGGAGGGAAACAAGGCAGAUGACGACGUCUACUACAUGACGACCGCAGUUCUCUUUGCUAAGAGAAUAUGGGCCUCGUAUGGGCUCAAAGGGCCCAAUAUCAUCCUAAAUCCCGGAACAGGUCCCGUCCACCCUGAGUACUACGACCUCGCCGAUUUCGUGAAUGUCUUUGAGGACUUUCCCUGGGCCUAUGACGAGACGGUAUUAGUGGAAAGUUUCCCUAGCCAACAAGGGCACAGGUCAUCGUUCAUUAUGCAUGACGUCUCCCUGACGGGAUAUAAUGACACUACAGUGAAGGAUUGGCUUUUGGCUUGGACACAGUCAGUCCUUGCCAUUCUCCAUGGUUGUAUAACAGGAAGUGAUGUGUUCAAGAUGAGGAAAACUAUAUUGGAGAAAUAUGACGACAAGUAG